GCAGCGGCAGCGGCAGCAGCAGCAGCAGCCGCGGCGGUCGCAGCCCCCGCCCCCGGGGCUCGGCGCUUGCGAUGAGCGGCGGCUCGGCGCCCGCCCGCCAGCCGCUUCGCCCCGUGUGUCGGCGCCCGGCGGCGGGCUGAGGGCUGCGGUGGGAGCCCCGAUCGGGGGGUGGAGGGCGGCAGGGUGCCCCCGCCCCGCUCUGGAUGCCCAUCGCGGCCGCUCGGGCCGGGGGGUGGCCGCGGCUCCCCGGCGCGGGGCGCGGGCGAGGAUGCCGGUGCUGGAGCGCUUCUUCCCCGCGGCAGAGCCGGGCAGGAGGAGGAGGACGGGCGAAGAGCCGAUGCCCUUUCCCAUGGGCGGACUGCCCGGUUAUCAGCAGGGGACCUUGGCCUGGGACUUGCCCGAGAUGAUCAAGAUGGUCAAGCUCGUUUGGAAAUCCAAGGGGGAGCUCCGCGGGGCGAAGCACAGAGGGGGUUUGGAAAGCGAGGAUGCCCUGGGCGGCUCGGCAGGAGAUGCACAGGUGAGAGGUCAGACAGGGGUUCUCUCCGAGCGCCGUGGCUCCUACCCAUUUAUAGACUUCCGUCUUCUUAACAAUACUACACUCUCAGGGGAAAUUGGCACCAAGAAAAAAGUGAAAAGACUGUUAAGUUUCCAGAGGUAUUUCCAUGCAUCCCGGUUACUGCGUGGAAUUGUACCACAGGCCUCUCUGUACCUACUGGAUGAGGACUACCUUGGGCAAGCAAGGCACAUGCUAUCCAAAGUGGGAAUGUGGGAUUUUGACAUUUUCUUGUUUGACCGCUUGACAAAUGGAAACAGUCUUGUAACACUGCUUUGUCACCUCUUCAAUGUGCAUGGACUUAUUCACCAUUUCCAGUUAGAUAUGGUUACAUUGCACAGGUUUUUAGUUAUGGUUCAAGAAGAUUACCAUAGCCAAAACCCGUACCACAAUGCUGUCCAUGCUGCUGAUGUCACACAAGCUAUGCACUGCUAUCUGAGGGAGCCCAAGCUUGCCAACUUCCUCACCCCGUCGGACGUCAUGCUCGGACUGCUAGCUGCUGCAACUCAUGAUGUGGAUCAUCCAGGAGUCAAUCAACCUUUUCUGAUCAAAACUAAACACCACCUUGCCAGCCUGUACCAGAACGUUUCAGUGCUAGAAAAUCAUCACUGGCGAUCUACAAUAGGCAUGCUUCGAGAGUCACGGCUUCUCGCCCAUCUGCCCAGGGAGGUGACACAGGACAUCGAGCAGCAGUUGGGCUCCCUGAUCCUGGCAACAGACAUCAACAGGCAGAAUGAGUUCUUGAUCCGUCUGAAAUCUCACCUUGACAAUCAGGAUUUGAGGCUGGAGGAUGCACAAGACAGACAUUUUAUGCUCCAGAUUGCACUCAAGUGCGCUGACAUUUGCAACCCUUGCCGGCUCUGGGAUCUGAGCAAACAGUGGAGCGAACGGGUCUGUGAAGAGUUUUACCGGCAAGGUGACCUGGAACAAAAAUUUGAACUGGAAAUAAGCCCCCUUUGUAAUCAACAGAAGGAUACAAUACCAAGCAUACAGAUCGGGUUCAUGACGUACAUCGUUGAGCCACUAUUUGAGAAGUGGGCCCAGUUUACAGGUGAAACCCCCCUAUCUGAAAAUAUGCUAAACCAUCUCAGGAGGAACAAGGCCAAGUGGAGGAGUUUGCUCCACAAGCAACACAGCAGUAGUAGGAGCAAUGACCACUCAGGUCAAGUGACUGGCAGCCAAGAACAGACUUUAAAUGAAGAAGAGACUCCUUAGUGGCAGCUUUGCACUUUUCUGUAUAGCACUGCUAUCUCUGUCUUGAUCACAGCAGCAAACAAAAUCCAAGGGAGGUAGGAACCUGUCGUCAAGACCCUGGAAAGGGAAAAAUUGGUGAAGCAGAAGCUGCAAGGGCUCUCACUAACAAGCCUGCAGUUCUGCUGGGUUCCUUUCUGGAUCUCCUUCACGUUCCUCUCCCCAGUCUUUGUUCUGCGUAUGCCUGAUGUCAUUCGUCACUUCUGAUCAUGAACUGCCUUGGUGUGGAGUCCCAGUGAGCAGUACUGAAGCUGGGCUGGCUACAGCUGCCAUGAAGCAGGAAGGAUUAUUGAGAGAACAGGGGAGACAGAGGCACUCUUGGUUAUAUAUACAGUUACCAUGAGUCAUACUGUGACAUAUGUAUAUAGGCCCAGAGCACCAUACGCUUUCCAGGCUGGCAGCUGGGCUGCACAUUAAACCACCAGCAUCUUCAGCAUCCAGAGGACACUGGCUGAGUGAGACAGCUCUCACAGAGGGCAGAGAGAGUCUGGUUAUUUUAGUAAUUAAAAAAAACCCUUUUUAACUUUUGUAUUCUGUGCACUAAACACCAGAUCUAUAAAACUUGGACUGAAGUUACUCUCCAUGUACACAACUCCGGUGUAACAAGGCUCAUUUUGGUAAUCAUUUUUAUGCCACUUUGGAUAAAAGACAGGCAUCUUCUCGUUGCAAGGAACAAUAUGCCCUCGCAAACAAAAGGGAAGGUGUUGUGCAGUCUAAACCUUUGAAACACGAACAGAUCUAUCUUUUGAGUACUGUUUCAAGUAACAUGUUUAUAUUCAUACGUGUACAGUCUCUGUAAAUACAAACUGCUACUGAUUCCCAUGCCAAAAUACUGGAGUACUGUGGGAUUGCUACCUGUAAAAACAUUGGCACUGUGAACAGAAUACUGUUUUAAUACAAGAGAAAGCAUUUGUAAAUAUGGUAUAGAGUUUAUUAAUAUACACCAUUGUUUGUGGAUAAAAGCCUUAACUUUUAGCAUCCUUCAUCAUCUGAUAGCUGCCAAAAUCAUAUGAUCACAAGAUACGGUUCUGAACUGCCUUUCCACUAUCUAAGGUGUAUCAAAGGUCAUUAAGGAAUAAGGUCUGGCAGGAUAACUUCUUCAAAACUUCAAACACAUUCCAUACGGGUCCGUGUUGUUAAUCCAUGGCCCCUUGCACAUUCGGUUUAGGCAAAAGCUUCACAUAGCCUGAAGUUCAAGUUCAAAAAAAACCAAAACCCACAGCAACACCACAUAAUUCUGCAGUUCAACUGGAUUACCAUUUAUUUAAAAGUGUGAAGUUCUAUUGAAUAGCUUAGUGACCUAAAAAUCACGUUAUUCUGGUAUUUCUGGAGUCCAAUUGUUUUCCUGAGUGAUGUUGCAGUGUAACUGAUUUUCCCCCACAUUCCCUCCUUAGAUAGCCAGCAUAAAAUAUUUUUUCAUUUGUAUUUUUCUUUUCAUUAAUACUUCAACUGACUUUUAGAUCAGUCUUACUAAAUGAAGGAAAAAAAAGCAUUUCAGUCAAACUUUUAAGAAAAAUCCUCUUAACUAUCAUAGUAGCUGAGGAAUUUUCUGUGGUCUCAUGCUUGGCCUUAUUGAUGCCAUGAACAACUUCAGUUCGGAUAACUUUUGUAAAAUUUUCUUUAAAUUUCCAUCUUUUCAACAAGAUUGUGUUCUCUGACACUACUGCAUUGCACCAAAGGGAUUGUCCCGUUUUCCUCUGCCCCUAGAAAAAUUAAUUGCAUUGAGAUAAAGUGAAGUAGUGUUGUAACCCCCCAGUACAUCAAAUCUGUAUAGCUGUUUUCCAAAAGAACUAGCAGAUAUGGCCAUAUAAUCUUGUUUGAGUAUGGAUGACUUGGAGAAGCCAACGAAGAAAGAGGUAUUUAAGUUGGUGUUUGAGAAAGAUAAUGUGUAGUCAUAAAAGUGCGAGGGGAAAUCUGAUAGAAUUUUUAUCAGUUCCUGGGAAUAUUGACCUUAUUAGACAAAGUGUUCAUGCUCAUAAGGUGACUACUAUGUUUAAAGGAAAAUGAAAAGCCUAACUUUUAGUAAAAGGAUGUUUUACUUUACUAAUUUAGUGGACAUUUAGCUUCAGGAAAAGAGACUGCAACCCAGUGAAAUAGGAAGGUGGAGAUCCCUCUGAGAACACAGAGCAUCCCAAGAACAUUGUUUUUCUUCUCCUCUGCUGUCUUGUAAGCUAUAAGCAGUGAAAAUAUUCUUCUUCCUCCCUUUUCUAAAUGGGACUCACAAAUCAGAAAGUACCAUAACAAUCAAAGAAAAAGACUUGUAGUAGAAUAAAAUUAUUUCUAACUACAGAACACAAAUGUCUUUUUAACCACCUGAUGGUGGAGGUGGGAGCAUCGCCACUUUGCAGCUUUUUAGGUGUAUGUUUCGUUCUCCUAACAGAUUUAGGGCAAUUAUUAGGACAUUACACGAGCAGUGUAAUGUGCUGCUUAGAAGCACUUAAAUACGUACAAACGGAUCUAUUUUCCCUUGUUUUGUCUUUUUACUGAGAAAUUGAAGCCAUUUUCCAUCUAGUUCAAAGAAUUUUUUUGAAAUGCUCUGAAGUUUAGUUAAACAAACACGGUGUCUAGCAGCAUAAAAAGCUCUUGACAGAUACAUUAUUGAGCUGUUUCUGAGGAGCUUCCAGAAAACAGGUCCAACAGGAAAGCUUAGGUACAAAUCGAGUUCGGUUAUAGCUACAGUAAAAUCUAGAUCUUUUCUGUAAUUAGAGCCUACAGGGUCCAUUACAAGUCUGCUCUUACCAAGUUAAAACUUUGCAACUUGGAAAAGCUGCUCUUGAAAUGAACAGGCUGUGAGGUUUUUCGGUGCACUGAACAUCCUUGCUGGAUUUCAAUGACCUUGUCUAAUGAAACAAUCCUUGAAAUAGGUUCUGGGUGGUUCCAGAAAUGCUUCUGUACUUGUAAGCCAAACCCAUUACACAAAUUUGGUUCUGGGCCAGUUUGCCUCAGGUGCUCUAGACAAAAGCAUGCUGAAAAGUUAGCCUCUGGCAGCAGAUGUCUGGCAGCCAAAUUCACUAGGGUCUGCAAUGCAAAGUGGUACUGUCUGAUUUCCCAGCCAAACCACACCCAAUAUAGCACAUCCAAUAGCACCACUGCUCAGUAUAUACGAUUAUGGUAUGUAUUUGUUAUUUUCUAGUUCGGAGGACACUUCUGUACUGGGAUUUCUCCCGAAGAUGCCAACAGAAUGCUAGAUGCACAGAAAAAAACCCAAAACAUCUAUGUAGGUAAUACAGACUUGUGUCUUGUCAGUCCUAUUAGCCACAUCACAGAAAACCCUUGUAAUUUGUUUUCUUAUUGGGCCAGCGCAGCUAGAAGAUUCUGUUUUAAAACUCAGUUUUUUCAUAUAAGGAAGGAAGCAGAAAACUGCUAGAAGCAGGAGUUUAAAACACUUUUAUACCUUAGAAAUAUAUUUCUUUAGAUUAAAACCUAAUUUCUUUAAAGGCAGGUUUCAUACCAUGAAAGAGGAAAAUUCUGUAUAAAUAACAAUAAUAAUAUAACAAAAUAAAGUGACGAUAAGUGAAACUUCUAGGCUGAUUAAAAUAAUGCAUAUGUAUGCUUUUUUGUUAAGUAAAGAUUUUGCCUACCUUUGGCUUUUUAAGGGUCCAGACAACAGUGUUGUUCAGUGUUCCAGACAACAACCAAAAGAGGAAAGAAGGACUGUUCAAGAUGUGUACGUUUAAAACACAGAAACAGAGGAAAGAAAAGUAGCAGAGAUUAAGUAGAGUCUCUGAAAGAAAAAAACCCACAUGAUCUGCAGUUGUAUGUAACCUAAUCGACAACAUGGGCCAAUUAUUUUCCUGUAAACUAUUCGUUUUCAUGAAGGAAAUCAACAUCUCCCCAAAUGAUCAGUGAGAAGGUUGCUACCAGAGUAAAUGAGACAAACCCAUUUUCCCACUGCAUAGCUAUCUCACCAGCUUUUCCAGUCUGUGGUUGAAAUGCCUGUUAAAAGUUUCCAACAAAACAGAGACAGAAUGAAUACUAGCCCUUCCAAACUGAGUUUCCUUGGAAAGGAGAAAGAUUGAAGUAGUUUUAAUUUUAUUUUCAGGUAUCAGGGUACCAGUCAUAAUUCAUAGCCUUGUAUUUUUAAAGCCACUCAGCUGAGUUGUCCAUAAAGUACUCCCAUUCCCCUGCUGAUGCCACCAUCCCCUGCUCAUGACCCACAAAAAAUAAAUAUCAAUGCUUAAAUUUGAAUUAAGAUCCUGCAAAUCCAAAAAAGCCACUUCAAAAUACAAACCCAAGGCAAGCUCAUGCCAUGAAUGUGUAUCCAAAUUACUUUGAUUGGUGCAAAUUAUUGUUCUACUAUUUGUUUCUAUAAUCCAUCCAAUAUUUUAGGUACAUAAACUUUAAGUGAAGAGCAUAAGUUUGAGUUGGAUGUAAAGUAUAUUCUGCUUAUCUUUAAAUUCAAGAUUGUAUAUGUCAUGUUUAUUGUAAAGCAUUUUAUAUAUACAUAUUCACAUAUCUUAUACAAGUCUAUGGGCCAAACACUGGUCCCACCAACUUCACUGGGACCAAGAAUCAGCCCUCAUAUGUGCGUAUAUAUGCCAUAUGCAUCAUUCUGAAAGGAAGCACUAGAUUGUGUGAAAAUGCUGUGACUGCUAUGCAGUGAUGCCAAGAGACUUAACUGUAUCUUUUUUAACAUACUGCUGUAAGUAUUCAUCAUGUCAAAGAAUGACAACU